AUGAUAUUUCAGAACACCACUACAGUGAAGGAAUUCAUCUUAGUAGGCUUUCCUGGUAUCCAGAAAGUGAAGGUUCUUGUCGUCCUAAGCAUACUGCUGACCUAUAUCCUGACGCUAAUUGGGAACCUGGUGAUCAUAUUCUUAGUGUGGACAGAUUACCGGCUUCAGACGCCCAUGUACUGGCUCCUCUGCAACCUCUCCUUCUCAGGACUCUGCUUCACCUCCACCAUUGUCCCCAAAAUGCUGAGGAACAUCAUCAUGGAUACCAAAGUAAUUUCUUACAUGGGCUGCAUGGUCCAAAUUUAUUUCUAUUUCUUCCUGGGCACUUCCGAUUACAUCCUAGUGGCUGUGAUGGCCUUUGAUCGCUACAUAGCCAUCUGCAAUCCACUGCGUUACUCAGUCAUCAUGAGCGGUUGGUUCACAUUCCAGCUUGCAGUUGCAACUUGGCUUGGAGCUUUCCUGUCUCUCCUGCCAUCAACCAUUGCCAUGUGUCGACUCCCAUUCUGUGGCCCAAAUGUCAUUAACCACUAUUUCUGUGACAUCAUACCAGUGUUGAGGUUAGCUUGCAAGGACACAGCUGUCCUUGAAUUGAUUAGCUAUGUAUCUACAUCCCUUAUAGUCUUGUGUUCACUUCUGUUGACGUCAGUGUCCUACCUGUACAUCAUCGCCACCAUCUUGCGCAUCCCAUCUGCUAAUGGACGGCAAAAAGCUUUUUCAACCUGUGCAGCUCAUAUCACGCUGGCUUCAGUCUUUUAUGGAUGUUCCAUUUUCAUGUACCUGCUACCAGAGAAAACCCAUUCAUCAGGUUUCUACAAAGCAGUAGCCCUUCUUCACACUGUGGUGACCCCUUUACUUAAUCCAUUCAUAUAUACACUGCGGAAUGAGAGAGUGAAGGAGGCCUUGAAAGAUACCUUGAAACACAUCUCCUUUCUUGCCAAAGGAAAGCUGUAA